AUGACACCGCAGCUAGAGACUGCUGGCGAAUGCGUUAUAUGCAACAAAGCAUCUCCACCGUAUCGCUGCCCACAGUGCCGGCUGCAGACGUGCUGCCUCGCAUGCUACAGACAGCAUCUGCUGCUGCAGCAGCACAUGCAGCGCACACGAAGUCAAGACCCCGUGCUUGCACACAUAGAGGGGGAAGCAGCCGCUGCAGCAGCAACCGCUGCAGCAGCAACCGCUGCAGCAGCUGCUGAAUCGGGAGCCUGCAGUGCAGUGGCGACGCCUACAGUUGGCACUUCACCAGCAGUGCAUGCGGCUUCAACAGCAGCAGCACCAGCAGCAGCAGCACCGAGUCCGUUCGAUUUGACGCCUGCAUCCCGCGUGCCCUUGCGCGUGUCAUUUGUUGGACUGCGAGCCUUUGGGGAGAAGGAGAUGGAGAAGGAUUUGCAGCUGUUGGAGAGGGCGGCAAGGGCUGUGGAGGCAGCACAGAGGCAGCGGCUUGAGAGCGUUGAGUCGAAGAAGCGGAAAGGGACUCAUCCCGUUCAAUUGCGGAAUCUCUGCCAACGCCGAGGCGUGGACUUUGUGUUCUUGCCUCCAACCCAUUCUCAGCGCAUUUUCAACCGAACCAAAGUGCUGCAACAGCACAAAAACAGGCACCAGCAGCAAGAGCAAGCUCAAAAGCCACGGGACGACGCAUCGCAGGAACAUCAGCAGCAGAAUCACGACCGCCUCGAGGGCGUGGACGAAUGCCAAGUCAAUCAGCAGCAGGAGAAAGGAAGGCAGUCAUGGGUGCAACAAUCGGAGCAGCAACAACCGGAGCAGCAACAAUCGGAGCAGCAACCACAGGAGCAGCAACAAUCGGAGCAGCAACAACCGGAGCAGCAACAAUCGGAGCAGCAACAACCGGAGCAGCAACCACAGGAGCAGCAACCACAGGAGCAGGCUACCGACGGCGUAGAUGCACUCGUGCAACCUGCAGAGCAGCAGCAUCAGCAAAGCGGAAGUGGGCAUAUCAUAUGCUGGGAUGCAUGCUUCAGAUUGCCCGUUGGGGGGGGCCCCUGCAUCUCUUUGGUCCUGCGAGAAGACCAGAAGCUGAGACAGCACGCCGCACUCCUGCAGCAGCACUGCUGCAGAAAGCUGCAGCAAGGCAUGCAACGAAAACGGGGGGAAGCUUCGGAAGCCACCAAGGACAAGGAGUUGCUUCGUCGAUGCGCCAUGGGGCCUCUACUAAAGGCGGCAGCAGGAAACGUAGGAGAUCCACGAGCUGCUGUGGCUCCUGCUGCGGAGACAGGUGCAGCACGAGACAUGCAGCCCGAAGCAACAGACGCAACAGGAGAGACGGGGUUUCGUCUGCUGUUGCCGGUCACUGCAGCGCAUGCGGGUGUUAUUCUGGCACCCAGCCCCGAUACAACAACUGCCACGAACGCCAAGGCGACAGAGGCGGAAGAAGGGGGACAAACAACGGCUGGAGGCUCCACGGGUUCUCAAAGCGACGCUUUAUUGCAAGCAUAUCUGUUGCCAUGGGAUGAAACUCUGGCAGAAUGUCUCAAAGGGACGACAAUCAUUGAACAUCCCGACUUGAUAGUCGCUUUACCUGAAGAGCUAAGCAGAUAUACCUGUUGGCCGCCCCCAUGCAAAGGGGGGCCUCUUUCUCGCCUCUUCUCUGGAACUGCGCAACCACCGCCUCCACCCCCUGGGCCUCCUCCACAACAUUUGUGUCCGCCGCAACAGCCAGAGCAGCAGCUGUUGGCAGAUGGCGAAUUGGAAGGCUCGAUUCGUUGUAUGAACGGCCCAUGUGUCUCAGAUCACCAGCAGCAGCAGGUGCAAAAGCGGCCUCCUCAGGUGCAUCAAAAUCACCGACCGCGGCCCCCACAAGGAUGCAUGGCAGUACCAGCAGCAGGCAUCCCCAAGUCCGCAACAGGUUGGGCAGCAGCACCAGCCACCAGUCCCCCCCCCGCCAGAGACCCUGCAACAGUGUCCGCAGCAACUGCCUUCGCAUACGGGAGAUCGGAUCUGCACGAAGAGACAGCAGCAAGGAAGUCGCGGGGGCCGCAUGAAGCGCCGCGGCUGUCUGCACGGCUCCUGAGACGAAGUCACACACCUGCACAAACCAUUUGUAACCAAAGCUGA